GGCAGUCGCAUGAUUGUGAUGCAUGGCGGCAUGAAAGUAUAUCAAAAUCUGCAUGAAAACUGUCCUCAUGCAUUUUUUGCGAUAUAGGGGUAUGACAUUUUUGCCCGUUACCGACAAUUAUCGACAUUACCGACGGCUGAUUGAUUGUAUUGGAGAAAAAAAAAACUAAACAGAACGAGGCUUGAACCAUCAACUUCUUAAUUACUGGUCCGACACGCUACCACCGCGCCAUGGACGCUUGAUGAAUUGAGAGGGACAGAGCACCAACAUAAUCUUCUCUCUGGAGUGUUGCUCGGGGACGCGCCAGCAUUAUAUGUGUUGGAACGCUGACUGCCUUAUGUCGGUUCAGGAGAACUGUGGCCACUUCGGAACCGAUUCCAAGAUCGCCACCAUGUCCUCAUCCGCGUCGUCCGAAUGCGUCCGCGAGCUCGACGGCGACCUGUUUGCCGCCCCGAAGGACCACUCGCUGGCCCACUGCGUCGCGUCGGACCUCAAGAUGGGCGCCGGAAUCGCCGUCCGCUUCAAGCAGCUGUUCAAGGGCGUGGACGAGCUGCGCGCCCAAAGCGUGGGUGUCGGUGGCGUGGCCGUGCUGAAAGACGGCGGCCGGUUCGUGUACUAUCUGAUCACGAAGGAGGGCAGCUACGACAAGCCCACGUACGGCGAUCUUACGCGGUCGCUGGAGGCCAUGCGGAAGCACAUGCUGGAGAAUGGUGCUAAAAAGCUGGCGAUUCCUCGGAUUGGCUGUGGCAUCGAUGGGUUGGAGUGGCCCAAGGUAAAGGGCAUAUUGAACACAACUUUCGGGACAGGGGAUGGUUUCGAGGUCGUCGUGUAUAACUUCGUUCCGAAGAAGUAAAAUGGGAGUUUUGUUUAGGCGACACCAGGUAGUGGUCAUGUUCCUUAGUAGGGUAAGGUUUUGAAUUGUGAAAUCUCAAAUAAAUGUUUAUUCAGGGCAGUUUAGUUCUUGAAAUACGG